AAGCGGGAUGCGGGAGAACGUGCGAUCGCCCGAGUUCAUCUCCAUCCGCGACCAAUCGCGGAAGCAGAACGCCUCCAGCCAGACACUUUCCUCGCGAAGCGUCUGGACUGUCCUGUUUGACGACCGCGCGAGACAGCUAGCUCCGGGCUGCUCGUUCUGACUCUAGAUUUGAGAGCAGCGUCAUGGAGACAGAUGAAUAUGGCCCGUUGAAGAGCGAACUGCAAGGUGCAGGUGUCUCGGGAAGAAUUCCGAAGUGGGGUCUUAUCGAUAGUACGGUACCCCCGCUAUCGACCCUUGACAUCAUGACCUUUAGAACCACCACCGAAACUCAAUACCAACUCGCAUCCAACCGAAACGUCUUUGCACGCAAGCCAAGAUGCCUUUAGUAGCGCAGAACCCCAAGGACCGAGUCAUACUUGGGCUUAUGACCUUUGGCCCGGAUGAGCAAAGCGGUGCCCGAAUAACGGACUUCAACGAAUUCACCAAGCAUCUCGAUUACUUUCAAUCCCAAGGCUACAAUGAAAUCGAUACCGCCCGGAUGUACGUGGGAGGCAAACAGGAAGCCUGGACAAGAGAUGCCAAAUGGAAAGACCGGGGCUUGACUCUCGCAACGAAGUGCUACCCUUACGAACCAGGCGUCCAUAAGCCCGACCGCUUGAAAGAACAUGCAUAUAAGUCGUUGAGCGAACUGGGUGCCGACUGUGUCGAUAUCUUCUACCUUCACGCGCCAGACCAUUCGGUCCCCUUCGAGGAGACGCUUCAAGCUGUCAACGAGCUCCACCAAGAGGGCAAGUUCGUGCAGCUCGGACUGAGCAAUUUUGCCUCUUGGCAAGUUGCGGAAGUGUAUACCAUCUGCAAAGAAAGGGGAUGGGUCAAGCCCACGAUUUACCAAGCCAUGUAUAAUGCGAUUACCAGGGGCAUCGAGCCUGAGCUCAUCCCGUGUUGCCGCAAGUACAAGAUCGAUGUCGUGAUCUACAACCCACUGGCCGGCGGAUUGUUCUCCGGCAAGAUCAAGUCCAAAGACCUAGUCCCCGAGGGCGGACGCUUCUCCAACACAAGUGAGCGGACGGGUACGAUGUACCGCGACCGAUACUUCAAAGAUGCCACAUUCGAAGCCUUGCGCAUUAUUGAGGAUGUCGCGCAGAAGCACAACUUGACACUGCUGGAGAUUGCUCUACGAUGGUGCGUUCAUCACUCCGCGUUGGAGACGAGGGUUAAAGGUGGCAAUGACGGUGUCAUCAUCGGUGUGUCAAACUUCGGACAGCUGGAAGGUAAUCUGAGAGAUUUAGAGAAGGGUCCACUGCCGGAGGAAGUCGUGAAGGUGCUGGAUGAGGCUUGGAUGAUCGCGAAGCCGGAAAGCCCGAACUACUUCCGCUAAGUAAACACCGCUCAUGUUUGAGUACCUGCAAUACGAAGGGUGGCCUGGCUGAUUUGCCUACCCCACCUCUCAUUCAUGGAGAAGUUGUACCGUGACGAUUACUAGCCGCAAAACCUUCAUACGUACGGAUUCGCGUUCUAUUAUAGGAGAAUCGGGUUCUAGGUAGUCGCACCCGGUUGCAUAUUCGGUAUAACCCUCCAUAAUCAGUGACGGGACUGCUCAAGCGUCGUCUUUAGAACACGACAGACGCCCCACAAUCAUGAGCAGUACGUUCCUAUGCCCUCGCUAAACGAAAUACUUCUUAU